AUGCUCACUUUGAGUUUCUUCUUCUGGCUGCUGAGCAUCCCCCUUCUCAUGUCCAGUUUCACUCACCCAAAGUGCUUUUGGAGAAUGAAGCAGAAUGAAGACAAGGAUGGAGAUGUGGUGACAGGUUGUGUCUUUUUCCUUGCUGCAGUGCAGAGCCCAGUGGAGAAAGAGCAUUUUGACUCUAUUUUGGAUGUUCAAAUACCAACUCAAAAUUAUCAGUUUGUUCUGCCCUUGGGUUUUGCUGUGGAAGAAAUCAACAGAAAUCCAUAUCUUCUACCAAAUGUGUCUCUAAUAUUUUACUUCUUCACUAACAAUUAUGGUGGUAAAAAGGCUUUUCAAAAUUCCAUAAAUUUUGCUGCAAAAAGACAUAGUCUUCUCCCUAACUACAUCUGCGAAGAUGAGACCAAAUGUGAAGUAGUGAUUACAGGACCAAUGUUAGCAACAUCUGUGAGUUUGACAUCAUUUUUGCAGCUCUACAAAUCUCCACAGUAUAGCCAGCUCACCUAUGGACCUUUCAAUCCUAUCCUGAGUGAUAGUGAACAAUUUCCCUAUCUGUAUCAGAUGGCCUCCAAGGACACAUUUCUAGCCCGGGCCAUGGUCUCUUUGAUCCUUCACUUCAAUUGGAACUGGGUUGGUCUGGUCAUCUCAGAUGAUGACCAAGGUAACCAAUUUCUCUCAGAUCUGAGAGGAGAAACUGAAGCCAAAACAGUCUGCUUAGCCUUUGUGAGCAUGAUCCCAGCCAACACACAUUUAUACAUGUCAAGAGCAAAAGUGUAUAACAACCAAAUCAUGACAUCAUCCACAAAUGUUGUUAUCAUUUAUGGUGAUACAGACAGUACUCUAGCUGUGUGUUUUAUAAUGUGGAAAUUUCAGGGUAUACAGAAACUAUGGAUCACCACCUCACAGUGGGAUGUCAUUACAAGUAAGAGAGACUUCACCCUUGACUCAUUCCAUGGGACUUUUGCUUUUGCACACCACCAUGCUGAGAUUUCUGGUUUUAAAAAUUAUGUUCAGAGAUUGAACCCUUCCAAAUAUACAAACAUUUUCCUGGCAAGACUGGGAUGGAUGUACUUUAGCAAUGAAGCCUCAACAUCUAGGUGUAAGACACUGGAGAACUGCUCAUUGAAUGCCUCACUUGAGUGGUUAAAGCUACAAAGGUUUGACAUGGCCUUGAAUGAUGACAGCUAUGAUGUAUAUAAUGCUGUGUAUGCCAUGGCCCAUAGCCUCCAUGAGAUGCUUCUUCAUCAAGCAGAAAAUCAGCCAAUCAACAGUGGGAGAGCACUGGAUUCUGAUUGCUCAGAGUUUCACGUAUUUCUGAAGAAAACUCACUUUAUUAAUCCUGUUGGAGAUGCAAUAGAUAUGAAUCAGAAAGAAAAACUGCAGGCCAAGUAUGGCAUUUACCAUAUUUGGAGUUUCCACCAUGGUGUUGUACUUAAGGUGAAAAUAGGAGAGUUUAACCCAUAUUUUCCACAUGGUCAACAGCUCCAUUUAUCUGAAGAUAUGCUAGAGUGGGACACAGGAAUUAGACAGAUGCCCUCCUCUCUGUGCAGUGUUGAUUGCCAUCCUGGAUUUAGAAAAUUCCAUCGGGAGGAAAUGGCAGCCUGCUGUUUUGAUUGUACUUCCUGCCCAGAAAAUGAGAUUUCCAACGAGACAGCUGUGGAUCAGUGUGUCAGGUGUCCAGAGGAGCAGUAUGCCAACACAGAGCAGAACCACUGCCUCCAAAAAGAUGUGAUCUUUCUGUCCUUUGAUGACCCCUUGGGAUCAGCUCUGUCCUGCAUGGCCUUGUGUUUGUCUGUAUUCACAGCUCUGAUUCUUGGGGUCUUUGUGAAACACCAAGACACUCCCAUUGUGAAGGCCAAUAACCUCAUUCUUAGCUACAUUCUGCUCAUCUCCCUCAUCUUCUGUUUCCUGUCUUCCUUGCUCUUCAUUGGCUAUCCCAGCUCAGCUACCUGUAUCCUGCAGCAAACAACAUAUGGAGUUGUAUUCACUGUGGCUGUUUCCACUGUGUUGGCUAAAACAAUUACUGUGGUUUUGGCUUUCAAAGCCACUGCUCCUGGAAGAAGGAUGACGUGGCUCCUGGUAUCUGGUGCACCUAACUAUAUCAUUCCCAUCUGCACCAUCAUCCAAAUUAUUCUCUGUGCAAUCUGGCUGGGAGCUUCUCUGCCCUCUGUUGACAUUGAUGCACACUCUGAGCAUGGCCAAAUCAUCAUUGUGUGUAAUAAGGGCUCAGUUACUGCAUUCUACUGUGUCUUAGGAUACCUGGGCUUCCUUGCCUUAGGGAGCUUCACUGUGGCUUUCUCGGCAAGAAAUCUCCCUGACACAUUUAAUGAAGCUAAGUUUUUGACAUUCAGUAUGCUGUUGUUCUGUAGUGUCUGGGUCACUUUUCUCCCUGUCUACCACAGCACAAAGGGAAAGAUCAUGGUGGCUGUGGAGGUCUUCUCCAUCUUAGCCUCCAGUGCAGGUCUACUGGGAUGCAUCUUUGUUCCUAAGUGCUACAUAAUUUUGUUAAGACCAGAGAGAAAUUCUCUUCAAAAGUUAAGGGAGAAGACAUCUUCUGGGACUCAUGUUUUAUAA